AUGGCUUCUGACAACGAGCAAUCUGUAUCAGAGAAAGGUUUUGCUGGUUGUGAAGAGUUCUCGGCCAGUAAUGCGGCUGGAAAUGGUCAAGUUGCAACUGACGAAUAUGGCCACUCUCUUGUGCAACUCGAUCCCAAAGCCGAGACUCGGUUGCGGACCAAGAUAGACUUAUAUGUUGUCCCCACCGUGGCCGUUCUAUAUCUAUUCUGCUUCAUUGAUCGAGCUAAUAUUGGAAACGCCAAGCUUGCCGGCUUCGAAGCAGAUCUCAACCUUACGGGCAAUGACUUCAAUGCUGUUCUCUCGGUUUUCUUCAUUGCUUAUAUCAUAUUCGAAAUCCCUUGUACGAUCGCAUGUAAAUGGAUCGGACCCGGCUGGUUCAUUCCCGCGAUCACCCUCGGCUUCGGAAUAUGCUCCCUAGGCACUGCAUUCGUGCACACAAUCCAUAGUGCAUCCGGGGUGCGUUUCCUUCUUGGUGUCUUUGAAGCCGGGAUGCUACCGGGAAUCGCGUAUUAUCUCUCCCGUUGGUAUCGACGCAGUGAGCUUAUCUUCCGUAUCUCAUGCUACAUUGUCAUGUCUCCGUUGGCGGGGGCAUUCGGUGGACUUCUUGCAUCGAGGAUCCUAAAGCUCGACCAUUUCGGAAGUCUGCGGGAAUGGCGCAUGAUAUUCGCAAUUGAAGGAAUAAUCACCAUCGGUCUUGCUAUUAUCUCAUUCUUCACCUUGACCGACCGCCCGGAAACUGCGCGAUGGCUAUCUCCCGAAGAGAAGAAUCUAGCUAUUGCAAGGGUGAAAUCCGAACGUGUGGCCACCUCCGAGGUCCUCGAUCGCCUGGAUCGCAUCAAGACGCUCCGAGGAAUAGUUAAUACUGCAACGCUCGGAGCAGCGUGA